CCUGUUGACGAUUGGCAGCUCCACACCAAGGGCCACCGCUCUUACUACGGGAACGCACACACUCCGUCUCCGCCAGGACGCAUCUGUUUGAUGAAUAAACCCUUUAUCAAACAGUGAAGAUAAAACAAUGCGAAGCAGCUGAACGGUUAAAGAGAAAAGAAACGCGCGUUGAAAUGUGGCGGGCGGUGCGGGAUUAAGGGGCUGGGAGCUCGGGGGGCUGCGUGGGUCUUCCUUCCAGGGAUGCCAUGAAAAUCACAGGAGCGGAGUAGCUGAGAGAGGAAAAAGAGACCGUCGCUCUUCGCUAGAAACGCAGAAAAGGCAGCGGCGCCGGUGGCGGAGAGAGAUGGAUCCAUUUGGAAACCUGCGCUUCUUUAGGUAGCGCUGAGGAAGAUCCAGGGAGAGCUGAGCCGUCUCUGCCUCUGCCUCCACCGGAGCUGUCUGGAAGGAUGGAUUUCAACCUGCUUCGGAACAUCAUCAGCAGAUACUGUACAGGAGAGGAGAUCUGGGUGGACAGCCGGACAGUUUAUAUCGGCCAUAAAGAACCCCCUCCAGGAGCCGAGGCUUACAUCCCUCAGCGUUAUCCUGACAACCGCAUCGUCUCCUCCAAGUACACCUUUUGGAACUUCAUUCCCAAGAACUUGUUUGAGCAGUUCAGAAGAAUCGCUAACUUCUACUUCUUGCUCAUCUUUUUGGUUCAGCUUAUUAUCGACACCCCCACCAGCCCAGUCACCAGUGGCCUGCCCCUCUUCUUUGUUAUCACUGUCACUGCUAUAAAACAGGGCUAUGAAGACUGGCUCAGACACAAAGCUGACUGCUCUAUAAACGAGUGUCCGGUGGAUGUGGUGCAGCAGGGGAAUGUGGCGAGGACGCAAAGUCACAAACUACGGGUUGGCGACAUCGUCAUGGUGAGAGAGGACGAGACUUUUCCCUGUGACCUCAUCUUCCUCUCCUCCAGCCGAGACGAUGGCACCUGCUACGUCACCACCACCAGCCUCGACGGGGAGUCGAGUCAUAAGACCUAUUACGCUGUACCAGAUACCAUGGCCUUUAAAACGGAGCAGGAGGUGGAUUCAUUACAUGCCACUAUUGAAUGUGAACAACCACAGCCUGACCUAUACAAAUUUGUGGGACGCAUAAACAUUUACAAGGACAAAGAGGAGCCUGUGUCUAGAACACUGGGAGCUGAGAAUUUACUACUUAGAGGGGCCACAUUGAAGAACACAAAACAUAUUUAUGCUGUUGCAGUGUACACUGGCAUGGAGACCAAGAUGGCUCUUAAUUACCAGUCUAAAUCUCAGAAGCGCUCUGCUGUUGAGAAGUCGAUGAACGCCUUCCUGAUUGUGUACUUGUGCAUCUUGAUCAGUAAAGCUUUGAUCAACACUGUCCUGAAGUAUGCCUGGCAGUGGUUGCCUGACCGGGAUGAACCCUGGUACAACCACAGGACUGAGAAUGAGCGCCAGCGCCACGUGGUGAUCCGAGCCUUUACAGACUUCCUGGCUUUCAUGGUCUUGUUCAAUUACAUCAUCCCUGUGUCCAUGUAUGUCACUGUGGAGAUGCAGAAGUUUCUUGGCUCAUAUUUCAUCACCUGGGAUGAGGAGAUGUUUGAUGAAGAGCUGGGCCAGGGAGCCCAGGUGAACACCUCGGACCUGAACGAAGAGCUGGGACAGGUGGAGUAUGUGUUUACCGAUAAGACUGGCACCCUGACUGAGAACAACAUGGAGUUUAUUGAAUGCUGCGUGGAUGGCAAUGUCUACAUCCCACAUGCGAUCUGUAAUGGCCAAAUCCUCAGUGCUGCCUCUAGCAUCGACAUGAUCGACUCCUCGCCUGGAGGAUACAGGAGAGAGUACGAGGAUCUAUUUUUCCGGGCACUGUGUCUGUGUCACACGGUGCAGGUGAAGGAGGAGGAGACGGUGGAUGGCAUCAAAAGGGGCAUUCAUCAGGGAAAGCCUACUUCCUUCUACAUUUCCUCGUCCCCAGAUGAAGUGGCUCUGGUGGAAGGAAUGAAAAGGCUGGGGUACACCUACCUGAGACUGAAGGACAACUACAUGGAGAUCCUCAACAAAGACGACGAGAUCGAAAGGUUUGAGCUGCUCCAUGUGCUGAACUUCGACUCCGUCAGGAGGAGAAUGAGCGUCAUAGUAAAGUCUAUUUCAGGAGAAUACCUGCUGUUCUGUAAAGGUGCAGACUCAUCUAUUUUCCCUCGAGUAGUAUCCGGAAAGGUGGAGCAAGUUAAAGCCCACGUGGAGCAGAACGCUGUUGAGGGACUGCGGACUCUCUGCGUCGCCUACCGGAGGCUGUCAGAGUCUGAGUACCUGGAGGCGUGUCAUUACCUGACCGAAGCCAAGCUGGCCCUGCAGGACAGGGAGCAUAGGCUGGCCCAGGCCUAUGACGUCAUCGAGAGGGAUUUAGUCCUCCUGGGUGCUACAGCGGUGGAGGACAGGCUGCAGGAGAAAGCUGCGGACACCAUCGAGUCGCUGCACAAGGCCGGCAUCAAAGUCUGGGUCCUAACGGGAGACAAGAUGGAGACAGCCGCCGCCACGUGCUACGCCAGCAAGCUUUUCCGUCGCAGCACUCAGAUUCUGGAGCUGACCAAGAAACGCACCAAAGAGCAGAGCCUGCAUGACGUUCUGUUUGAGCUGAACAGGACCGUUAUUAGGCAGCGCUCCAUGUCUGGAUUGUCUGUAGACUGCCUCGACUUCGGCCUGAUUAUCGACGGGGCAACUCUCUCUGCGGUAUUAAAACCCAGCCAAGAGGUUUCCGGCCAUGGGAACUACAGAGAGAUCUUUCUCGAAAUAUGUCGCAACUGUAGUGCUGUUCUCUGCUGUCGUAUGGCGCCGCUGCAGAAAGCUCAGAUUGUGAAGCUAAUAAAAUCUUCUAAGGAACAUCCCAUCACCCUGGCUAUUGGCGAUGGAGCCAACGACGUCAGCAUGAUCUUAGAAGCACAUGUUGGCAUCGGCAUCAUGGGGAAAGAAGGCCGACAGGCAGCUAGAAACAGUGACUAUGCCAUCCCCAAAUUUAAACACCUAAAGAAGAUGCUGCUGGUCCACGGCCACUACUACUACAUCCGAAUCGCCGAGCUUGUUCAGUACUUCUUCUACAAGAAUGUAUGCUUCAUCUUCCCUCAGUUCCUCUAUCAGUUCUUCUGUGGGUUUUCCCAGCAGCCUCUUUACGAUACGGCGUAUUUGACGCUGUACAACAUCAGCUUUACCUCCCUCCCCAUCCUCUUGUACAGCCUGGUUGAGCAACAUGUGACCAUCGAUGCUCUGAAGAGGGACCCCUCUCUGUACAGGGAUAUUGCGAAGAACUCUCUCCUCCGCUGGCCGGUUUUCCUGUACUGGACUUGCCUGGGCGUGUUCGACGCAGUCAUCUUCUUCUUUGGCGCCUACUUCCUGUUCGACAACACCACCUUCACCAGCAAUGGCCAGCUUAUGACCACCAACACACAGAUGAUGUUUGGAAACUGGACGUUUGGGACUCUCAUCUUUACUGUUCUGGUUUUUACCGUAACACUCAAGCUUGCCCUGGACACACGUCACUGGACUUGGAUCAACCACUUUGUCAUCUGGGGCUCCCUGCUUUUCUACGUCAUUUUUUCUCUUCUCUGGGGCGGCAUCAUUUGGCCCUUCCUGAACUACCAGAGGAUGUACUACGUGUUUAUGCAGAUGUUGUCCAGUGGUCCAGCAUGGCUCAGCAUCAUCCUUCUUAUUACUGUCAGCCUGCUGCCAGAUGUCAUCAAGAAGGUCCUCUGCAGGGCCAUUUGCCCAACAGCUACUGAGCGUGCACAGGUCCAAGAGAAGCAGCUACCUGGUAGCAUGGCUGAGUUGACUCCUCUGUCCUUCUGUCAACCCUACAAAGGCAGGAGCACAGACUCCACCCUCCUCCACCUCGGUGCUGCAGAAACACUGUCCCUCCGCAGCUCUAGCCCUCUUGCCCAAAAACUCCUGACUCACCUGGCAGAGGGAGGAGGGUCUGACCUGUCCUCUCUCAGUCCCUACAUGCUUCGUCUCUCAGGGGCGGGGUUUGCCUACUACGCUCCUGGACCGGAGACUCCUGUGUGAGGGGAAAUGGAUGUCUAUAUAUAAGAAAAUGUCAUUAAGUUUCCAAUUGCAAGGAUCGAAAUUUAUAGAAAACAUUCAUUUAAUGGAUUGUCCAUGUUCAGUUCAUCAUAUCCAUUUUGGAUCAACCUUAACAGACAACCUUUUCCAUGGUGGCGCCCUAAACCUUCAUAGUUUCCUGUCUUGACCUCAGUCACAUCAAAGUUCCCUUUCAAGCUCCUAAUCACAGCAGUUUGAGAACUAAAGGGGAACUCUGAGGAACUGUUGUUUUCUUUUCUGUGACUCAUACUUGUUUUGUUUUUUUUUCCCUGCCAUUGCUUCUUCCACCAACUUUCAUGUCCUAUUUUGUAAAUGUUUGUCAAAAAAAAAGAAGUUGUUGUUUUUGAACACUCUGUAGUCUGGCCAAGUAAGGGGGUAGCCGUCUUGCUCAGCCCUUUAGGUAUGCGUGCGCGUGCAUGUGCUCUAUAAGAACGCAUGAUUGCCUGUUCUUUUUUUUUUGUACGUUUGUAUGUGACACACACCUUUACACCUUUGCCUUACAGGUACGCAGGAGAAGAGGGAGCUAAAGGAGGAAAAUGUGAAAAGGAAUUGGUGUUUCCACAAAGCCUUAGAAACACAUUAUUUAUUACAGUGCUUUGCUAAACUAUUCAUACCCUCGGGACUUUUAAAGAUCUUUAACAUCAGUGGUGUUUACUGGGUUUUUUUAUGUGAUAGACCAACACAAAGAAGUAAAUAACUGUAAAGUGUGAGAAAAAUAUUACAUAAUACAGAGAAAAUUAGGUUCUUGUUGUUUGUCUUUUAUAAAAAAUCAGGAUCGCAUAGUUAUUUUGCUUUAUGCAGAUGGCCUCAAAUAAAACCCAGCUAUGAGGUCAACAUUUAGGUUAUUGAACCCCACUUCCAGCUGCGCAAAGAGGUUGUUGUAGAACUUUAACUGACCUCAUGGUAAAACAUGGUGGUGGCUGCUUCAUGUUUUGGGGAGGGAAGUCGUGCAGAUUUGAUCAGAUGGAACAAAAUAAAGAUCCUGGGAAAGAAAAGCCACUUCUGUGUGAGGCUAUAGAAUAGAUGGGUUUGAGGUUUGCUGCUAAUACAAACUACCUAAACAUACAGCCUUUAGAAAAGUGGAAUUAUUUAGGACAAAACAUAUUAAUAUGGCAGUACCCGGUUUUGAGGGGAAGAAUUGGAAAAACUGAGCUUCAGGAACACUUUCCAUGUAAUCUUACUGAUUUUGAAGCAAUUAUACAACUUUUUUGCAUAUACUAAAGUCAUAUCCAUUCUUCUAUAUUUAAUUGUAAAAAAAUAUAUAUUUAUAUUAAGCCAUGUAUAAUUUUGUAUCAACUUUAGUUGUUGUGUUGGUUCGUCUCAUAAAAUGCUAGUAAAAAUCAGAUGAAUUUUGUCAAAUCGUGACAAAACAAAAGUUUUCAAGGGUUUAUGAUUGUUUUUGAGGGAACUGUAAACGGAGAGACUUAAGUAAAGUGCAGUAUCUUAGCCACCCUGCCUUAAUUCAUGAACAAAGGUUUCAGUUGGUCAGUUUAAACACAUUGAAAGUACAAGGAUAUUCACAGGGAUACAUGUGUGUUAUUGUCUGUAAUCCUCUUGUCCACUUUCUUCCCUCCCAGUUGUCUCAUCCUUUCUUUCAUUUACCUGUCAGUGUAGCAUGCUGAAUUGUCUCUGCAUGCUGUUGUUCUGUAUAUCAGCUUGCUGCAAACAUAACUCAUGGUAAAACCUUUUGAGUCACCUUUUUCCCUUUUCCUCCUAUCACUGAGCAUGCCCUCUGCUGCCAUCAUGUGGCAGCGAGAGGUAAUAGUCUGGAGCUGAUUUACGGAUGUUGGUUCAGGCAUCCCUCAUGUUCAAUUUUGCUUGUGUAUUUGCUGCCAUGAUCUGUGUCAUGCAAAUGUUAAUGUCAGAAUGUUGAUAAUAGGUAGCUGUGUUACUAGAGGUUGUCUCUGUGUUGCUUUUACUCUUGUUUGUUAUUUUUUGGGUUAAUGCUCUCUAAAACUAUUGAUGUCAGUGCUGUAUGUACGGAUAUAAAUGACAAAU